UUUUUUUUUUUUUUUAAAAAUAGAAAAUUAAAUAAUAAAAUAAUUGGGGGGAAAAAAGGGAAAAAGGAAAAAAAAAAAGAAGAGAAAAAAGAGAAAGAAACCCUGUAGUAUUAAAAGUAAAACUGGAAACACAUAUGCAAACAUGGAUGUUCCCCCGGCGCCAGCACGUCCAUUCAUUUAACAACAUUAAUAUAAUAUUCCAUGUUCAUAGAAUUACUCUAAAUGUAUUAGUCUAUUUGGCUAUUCUUACUAUGAUUGAAUCAUUAGUAUUAUUCUCCCUUGUUAGAGACUCGAUCCACGAUUACCCAGCAAACCCCCUACUCCACCUAGACGAUGUUAAAUGGGGAAGGUCGGAGCUUGCCAAAGACAGUCCGCCAGAAAAAAUUUUGAUGAGAAGCUCAGGGAUCAUUCUAUUUCUACCCCUUUCUUCUUCAUUCAUUAAACUGGCUUGUCCUCCCUGAGCAAUCCAGCAUUCUGCAAUACCCGCGGGAUUCUUCUGUCUUCGUUUUCCUACACAUCCUUCAACAAAAAAACAAACCAAAGAGAUCGAAUAUCUGCCUCGAAACUCCAAGUGCAAUUACCCCAAAUGGCUGGAACAGCAAAACCUCCAUCCUCUGCCGAAGUGCAAAAUGCCUUAGCCC